CACGAGGACAAACAAAAGCAUCAUUCCGGGCGCAAUGUUUUUGCUUAUUCCUAGUACGAAACUGGUAGAAAAGGUUUGAGUGUUUUCAUACUAGUCGAGGUCGGAACGCCGUGUUCUGAAUGUUUUUUCUGCAGAAAUGGGAGCGCAUCACGCGCGCACUGUGGAGUGGACCAUGUGUCGCUCAGGCACAUCUCUUCGUGGGCAAAUGGAAGACGCAAAGCAACGCUGAUUUGUGAAGGAUUUUGUUUUUUACAUGAAGAAGCUUCGUCGAUGGGAAAACUAAGAAAGAGGAGAUGGUAGAGAAUGGCCGCACCUGACCUCCUGGACCCGAAGUCUGCUGCCAACAACUCCAAGCCUCGCCUGUCCUUCUCAGCCAAACCCGUGGUGCUGACCCCCCCUGAGGAUGAUGAGUGUGACACCAGGAUCACCGUCAUGAGGUGGAAAACUGUGUCGGCCAUCUUCUUCCUGGUAGUGCUAUACCUCAUCAUUGGAGCCACAGUGUUUAAAGCUCUGGAGCAGCCCCAUGAGAGCAAACAGCAAAUGACCAUCCUGGAUCAAAAGAUAAAGUUCCUCUCCAUGCACUCCUGUGUCAACACUAGUGAGCUGGAGAACCUGGUCAAGCAGGUGGUGUCAGCCGUGCGUUCAGGAGUCAAUCCCUCCGGAAACUCUGUGAACCAGUCGAGCCUGUGGGACCUGAGCUCCUCGUUCUUCUUCGCUGGAACAGUCAUCACGACCAUCGGAUUUGGAAACAUCUCCCCUCACACAGAAGGCGGGCGGAUCUUCUGUAUCAUCUACGCUCUGCUCGGGAUCCCCCUCUUUGGCUUCCUUCUGGCUGGAGUGGGAGACCAGCUGGGCACCAUAUUUGGGAAGGGCAUCGCCAAAGUGGAGAAGAUGAUUGUGAAGUGGAAGGUGAGUCAGACCAAGAUCCGGGUAAUCUCCACACUCAUCUUCAUCUUGUUCGGCUGCCUCCUCUUCGUUGCUCUGCCGGCCGUCAUCUUCAAACACAUCGAGGGCUGGAGUGCGCUGGAGUCCAUUUACUUUGUGGUCAUCACACUCACCACCAUUGGAUUUGGAGACUUUGUGGCUGGAGAGAAAGGCGGGUCAGAGAGUCCCUCCGGAGGGUCAGCGGAGAUCCAUUUUUACCUGGACUAUUACAAGCCCGUGGUCUGGUUCUGGAUCCUGGUUGGUCUGGCAUACUUCGCUGCUGUGCUCAGUAUGAUCGGAGACUGGUUCAGAGUCAUCUCCAAGAAAACUAAAGAAGAGGUGGGGGAGUUCCGGGCGCAUGCUGCCGAGUGGACCGCCAACGUGUCAGCCGAGUUCAAGGAGACCCGGCGGCGCCUCAGUGUGGACAUCUAUGACAAGUUCCAGCGCGCGGCGUCCAUCAAGCGCAAACUGUCAUCUGAACUGGGCAUCAACGCAACACUCAACCAGGAAAUUACCCCGGGCAAAAGAACCCUGUCUGUUAACCUGGGGGACGAGCGCGAGUGUUACCCCAACCUGACUCUGCCCCUUACCCCUGUCCCCGGAGCCCUGACCAGGAACGGGAGCCUAUAUCUCAAUGGACUCAGCCCAGACUAUGCUGUGGAACGCAGAGAAAUACCUGGCAUGGACAGUCUCAAAUAAGAAAAGAGAAAAAGAUACACCAUUGGGAGUUAGAGUUAGAACUGUUUGAUUAACUGAACACUGAAGGAUAUUCGAACUGGAUUAUAAGGAAAAAAAAAAAGCAACUAUCACGAGGAACUGUGAAAGCCAUUACCUACAUGAACAGUUUAUGUGCCAACUACUGUAUAUCAAAAGAACACUUUGAUACUGGACUGAAGAUUGUAUUAAAGAACUGAAACAUAAAAGCAUCUAAAUAAUAAAACGUAGCAACAACAUCAUAGAUCAGGCAUAACACUGUGACAGUUAAAUGGACUUGACUACUUCACGAGGUAGGAUAAAUGUAACGGCGAAUGCGCAUGUUGUCAAGUUGUGCCAGAGCCAGGGAUAAUGAGCAAGCACACAGUUGAGUGGUUGUCAGAGGAGUGGGUUAGAAAGAUAAAGAUAUUAAAAUGCUGCUCUGAUGGGGUGGUCCCAGGGAGAAAGUGGUGAACCAGCCAAGUGUUUUUAUGCAAAAUUGACUUUUUAGUAUUCAGAAACCUACCUAGAGUUGUGUUUUGUUUCAGUCAUCCCAGAAAUCUUCAUUGCAAUAAACACAAACAUUAAAAUCACGCUUUAGUCUAUAUUUUGGCUAAAAAGUGACAUACUGGGACUAAAAAUAUGCAUUAUGUAACUUUUUGGUUGGGGGUCCAUCACCUGCUUGUUUCUAUGGAUAUGUCUGUUCUGUCUAGAAUGUUCCACAGUAUGACAUUAAACAGUUCUAACUUGCAUUUAUUCAAUUAUAGAGUCUUAUUACUCAAAAAUACAGAGAAAAACAGGCAUUCUGGCUAUGAGCAGAGUUGCCUCUUCGCAGAUCUGACUCGUAACUUGUCCUGGUUUGAUCGCCAUACUAUGAAACAUUACAGCCAACCAAUAACAUCUCCAUGAAGAAAAUCAUUUAACAGACCCUCCACUAGAAAAGUUACAAUGUACCCUUAAGUUAUGUUUUAGAUUUCAUCAUUUACAGUAUAUUGCUGUUCUAGAGAUGACAGUUUUUUAGAUUGGGAAAGACAAGUAUACAAAACCUCCAUUACCGGAUUGUAGAUUGAGAGUAAUAACUGGCUUGAGUCCUGACUGAAUCCUUCUGAAGUGCUGCUCAAAUGGAAUAAAAGAUUGUUUCAUUACCAAUAAUUCUCAUAAUGUUAUGCCUGAUCUGUAUGUCUUAGUUGAUCAUGUGGCUGAACUUAGAAAGCAAUACAUUUCUUAUCAUUGUGUUUUGAGGUCUUGAAAUCUGCAUCAGAUAAGAGCAUCCUCCUCCUAAACACCGGUUUGUCACUCGCACCAAGAAUGUGAUGUUUCUUUGUGUUUACACUGUAACUGUGUCAGGCCUUGCAUUUGUACAGCUGCUCUUUGAAUGUGAGUUUCCAGACAGUUUUGCAGCUUUCACCCUAAGGAGUAUUACAAUUGUGCCUUACUGAAUCUAAAAUGGAGUUUAUGACGGAGCUCUGAGUGUAGCAGAAGAUAGAACAACAGUGUUUUCAGAGGAAAUCAAAAUAUACAGCUGUAAUUCAAUUACACAUUGACACAUUAAAAGCAUUCAUAACAUUGCAGUAUCCUGGACAACUGGAUUUGAUAACAUAUUUUAAAUAGAUUACAGGUUGAAAAUGCAACGUAAUUUGACUUUACUAAAAUGUAUGCAACUAUAAUUACAAUGAUACAUAUAGUGGAUGUCAUUCAGCUGUUUUUUUUUCCCAUAAGGUACACCUCUCAAAGGACAGUAAAGAACAAGCCUACAUCAUAUGAAUAUACAGGCACAUGUUGAGAAUACACCAAGUAUAUGAGGAAGAGUAAUGUCAUUACAGACUGGAUAUUAAUUAUGAUUCUAAUACAUAAUUACUUGACCAUUAUAAAUAGUCUCUGUGUCUUAUAUGCAUUUUACAAAUUUAUCUAAAGAAAACAUUUUGAAAUUUGAUUCUAAAUCUAUGCCUGUAUAUUGUUCUGGUUAAGUAUGUACCAUAGACCCAUAAAAGAAAAGAGGAGACAUUAUUCAGAGUUCAUGUGGUGUCUUAUACCGUAUCACUGCUGUGUUAUUGCAUGUGAUUUUUGUUUCAGUCUACCAAAUAAUUAUGAUAAAAAGUGGAAUAAUAAUUUUCUUUAUGGCUUAAAAGUUAAAUAUGUUGUUUAAUGAUGGCAAUAUGAAAACCUUGUUGUUUUCAGUGACUGAUUAUAUGACAAAGAUAAUGCUCUUUACUGCUCUCCUCAUCGCUCUAGUAGUUUUUCCAGUCCUCAUUUGAUUGACAGCCACUAAAGGCUAUCUGUCAGCAUACAUUAAAGUGAAAGACAGCUGUUGAUGCUUGUUAUGCAACAGGCUGUUAGAAAACAUAAGGCAAAGAAAUGAGUUUUUCUAUGUGGAAGUGUGUGGGCCACUACAGGUUUGACUCUGCCUACAUAAGUGCAUGGUGUUCCCCUGUCCUUGUUUGAAUGAAGUGUAUUUUUCAGAAUCCACCUCUCAAACAUGUUGAAUGUAUUUAUUCAUAUCACCACAGACAAGCCAGCCUCAUUAUGAAUGUAUGACACUUGGGUUCGAUGUGUUAAUGAAUUAUGGAUGCAAAGAUGAGGGUAAUUAGCUCAG